UAGUAGUUCUGACGUUCGCUAUCUGCUGGCUCCCAUACCACAUAUAUUUCCUUGUUACCGGCUUGAACAAGCAACUGGUCCGAUGGAAGUUCAUUCAACAGAUCUACUUGGCAGUCAUGUGGCUUGCAAUGAGCUCCACCAUGUACAAUCCCAUUAUCUACUGCUGCCUGAACAGCAGGUUCAGGGCCGGCUUUAAGCGGGUGUUUCGCUGGUGUCCGUUCGUGAAGGUGUCCGAUUAUGAUGAGCUCGAGCUCAGGGCCAUGCGAAUCAAAGUGGCCCGCCAGAGCAGCAUGUACACAAUGUCGCGAAUGGAGACGAGCGUCGUUGCAGUGUGUGACCCCUCGGACCCCUCCACCCACCCGGCGAGGAAGAGCCUUCACAACCAUCAGCACAACGGCUCCUCCAAGUCUGCCCAGAAGGAGGAGUUCUGCUGAGAUGGACUUUGAUGUGAGAUUCAUACUGAAGUAUCAACCACAGUAUCAAGUCUGGUGAAUAAGAAGAAAAGCAUGAAUUUUCUCAUUUGCCACUGUCAUCAUAUUUCUAGAACAUGAAGCAUGGAAACAUUUCAUUAAGAUGUCUGGUGUGCUUUGGUGAAUUUGUUGCCUGUAAAGAAAAAAAGUGACUUGAGGAACCACCACCAGCCCUCAUCAUCUCAAAGACCAACAUAGCCCUGCAUCAAGGGAGCACUUUGUCUAUUCCAGAAAGCAAAGGUUUCCCUUUGAUGCCAAUCAGGUACCUACUUCUCUUACAUCGUACGUGAGCAAGCCGAAGGUUUCAUUUCUCCCAAAGGCCGAACGUUCUGUUCUUGUUCAUUUAUCUUGUUCAGGGUGACCUCACAUCAUGAGCAGAAAUAUUAGUAGGUUUGCAUCUCCAGCACACCAGCUACUACUGUAUGUGGCUGAAUCAUGGAGAGAAAUUUUAAACAUGUUUCAUUGAUGAGAAUCAAAGUCUUGACUGAUUUUAAAUAUUUUAAAUGAAAGAACAUUUGACCAUUCAACAAAUGGUAGGACAAAGGCGGUGUUUUAUACUACACCCUCAGUUUCAUAGGUGCACCUUUGACGUUUAUAACAAACCAAACCGUUUGAAAAUCGAUAGAAAGUUAUGGUAAUUUAAAGUACGUGUACCAUUAAAACUUAAUGGAACGAAUGAGCAAGCUGCCUGAGGUAAGAUGGCCGCCAAAUGCGCACGUUCCACUUAAUUGGCCAGCAGCGCGGGGGAGACAUCUAGCCAUGCUUAUGGUUUCGAUUCUCUUGUCAAUGUGAUGUCACACUGAUAAAACCCCACCCACAGACUCUGACUGAGAGUUGUGCAUUACCAUAAUUUCCACCCUCAGAUAUUUGUACGCUGUCCACCGUCUCUCAAUAGUGAAAUACUAUUGCCUCAGACUUAUAUUACAUCUUUUAUGGGCAUAAUAGGGGAGUGCUUUAAAUAAAGAAAAGCAGCCAAUCAAAGAGCAGAAUAGAUGAACAUUUCUCACUACUGUAAAAAACAUCAUGAAGAUGCUUGAUAAAAUACAGCGGUAUUUCUGCAAAUCCUACGCAAAUGAUGACUACAUUGAAUAUGCCAAAAUAGCUUAGUUUGAUUUUAACAUCAUUUCUACAGCUCCAUGUAUGUUAUUUCCUUGUUCUAAUUAAUUUAGUAUUUUUUUAAAUGUGAGUUUAGAAGAAAAUAUAAUGUAAUAUAAUAUAUAAAUACUGUAUAUAUAAUAUUUAAAUAUGUACCUUAAAAACCUGGCAACAAGACCAUUACUGCA